AUGUGCGAUGGAUGUGGCUGCAACCGCCCUGCGAAGAUCACGGCCACUGUUGGGGCAUUUCUCGUGCCAAUGGGGGUCGCUCUGUACAUCACGAGCUGUCGGGCCUGGAGCGAAUAUCGGUCCAUCACCGAGGAAAAAGAGCUGGCGGUUGUUGUGGAGGGAAAGAGGAACUUUACUUUACCGGUCAGCGCUGACCUGGGUGGCAGAUUCGCAUUCUACUCAGAUGACCUAGCAGACCUGGGCCACGUGUCUGUGAAUCAGGCGUUUGAAGCAUGUUGCCUUGACCGAGCAGAUUGUCAGGCCCGUGCCCAGUCUAUUCACAUCCGUCAGACCUCCGGACUUGGUUUUCAUUUGUCUGCAGACUGCGUCCCGCCAACAGCCACCCUUGACUGGAAAGGCCAACAGCUCCUGUACACGGGCACGCUCGCCCCCGAAGGACAGACUCCUGGAGACUUUCAGGUGAGUGCCCCAAACCCAGUCUGGGUGAGAGCACUGGACAGCUCCGUGCGGGCCUGGGACAUAGAGGAGGAGCGGAAGAUCUAUUUCCUCGACUUUUGCGGUCAUGUUCUUGUCAUCGGAGGUGCCAUCACACUCUUCGUUAGCUUGUGUCUCAUGUGCUGUUGCCAGCCACCGAAGCCAGUAGACGCACGGGAGGUCUUGCUGGCGUUGCACCAAGUUCAACCGGCACAGACGGUGCAGGCUCCAGUUGCCGUCGCGACACCAUUCCUGGCUGAACGAGUGAACCCUUGA